GUCGUUUGAAGUUUUAAAACCUGAAGAUUUUCAACCCCAAAUGAUACUGGUUGGGGUGCUUUUGGCUAAUUCAGUAACGGGUCAUCUGCAGCUGAAAGACACAUCGGGCUCUCUGGAUUGUGUUGUCCAGAACUUCAACAAGAUGGAACAGAGUGCCUUUUGUGAGACUUCACUUUUAGACUGUUUGGUGCAGCUGGAGAAAUACCAACUGGUUGUGGAGCGGUUUAUAUGUAGUAAUUUCCCAUCAUACAAAGACCUGGAAGAUCUUAGCUUUGUGAAAGAAAAACAGACCAGGAUUUAUGUUCAGUUUUGUGCCAGUGAUGUACAAGUACUUGGAACACCCAUCGCUUCAGCAACACCAAACAAAAGGUCUCCGUUAAUCCCAACCACAGCAACCGCCGCCUCCACUGUUGGAGGAGCUGCUGUGAGCAGCUACAGUCAGGCAUGCAAAAAAGCUGAUGUCACCAGCACCAGAGCCAAUGGAAACAAAAAUGGCCCUUCCCUUCCCAAAAUGCCUCGGUUGGAGGAAGUUGCUCUACAAGAAGGCCAUGUUGGUGAAAGUAGAAGAACUGCCUGUUCACACCCAUUACAGAAUGUCAGUGAAACAGUCGAUUCCCAGAGCGAGAAGAAUGUGCCUGGUGUUACAGUCACAUCUACUGGGAACUGGGAACCGUGUAGACAAAAGAGGAAACAGAAGACUUGCGAUGCGGGCUGUGUUACUCGCUUAAUAUUUGUAACUCACAAAGAUGCAUUGAUGCUGAGGAACUGUCAAUAUGGCAGAACUGCAAGCUGUGGACAUACUGAUGGCUCUUCCGAGACCUCAAGCAAGAGGGCUGGGACUGAGUUCGAACUGGCUUUCCAUGUGUGUGCAAUUAGUAUAGGGAGACCUAGACGGUGGGAAUGUGAAGAUGAAAUCCAGGGAAUACCUGAGCUGGAAGUAGAUGUCUCGCUUUGUUCUUACCGGGCACAAGUGCAGUUGAUAUUCAUGGGCAAAGCUGUGAGAUGGUACCAUCUGAUCAGCCCAGAGGGUUUGUACAGACUCAUUGCCCCAAAAGAGCUGGACACGUCUGUGUUUGAACAGAACUGUUCCUCAGAUCUGCUGAAAGCUCUGAAAAGCUCUAAUUGUUCACUGUCCCUCGUGGUACAACCUGGCUGGGACCUGCAGUAUGUCACUAGUCUUUGCUGUUUACAUGAUCACCAGCUGUCCAAAAAUCAAAUCCACUUAAAUGCUAACAUUAAUAGGUUGGAUUCAGUAAGACCUCAGACGACCUCUAUUCAGCAAGUCCUUGGUAGUAGUUUUUCGGCUUCUCUGGUCAGUUUCACUGGAAUCAUCUUAUUAAGGAGUUGCAAUGAACCUAACUGGCGAUCUAGUUUUGUAGUUUCUUCAGCUGACAGAAAAAAACAAGGUGUUUCUGUUCCUGGUGACUGGAAUCUAAAAUUAACUGUAGGGGAAGUUGGAAACCCAUCCGGAACCGUGGAUGUCUACAUAGAUCUGAUGCGCUUGUCUUACACUUUGGGGAUUUUGCCGGGAGCUGUGGUAGCAUUCUGUGACUUAGAGAGAUGCAUAUCAAGGUCUAAUAAUGUUUACUGCAAAUUUCUGCCUUCCAGCAGUCUUACAGUCCUUGUGUUUCCUUCAUCUGAGACUCAAAGGUCAUCCAGUUGGCCAGCAAAAAUGCCCAUUGGUAACCUUCCACACCUUUAUCUGGGAAACGUGAUCACUAGACCAGGGAGGGGCCUGCAAGGAAUCACCAUUUGUCAUGUGGUUCAUGUUUGGUGGUUGAGUAUGCAGUGGGUGUGCAGUCUUUGCAGUAGUAUCUUUCAACAGGGGAGGUGCACUAAAAGUUCUGGAUCAUGUCCAUCUGCAGUUGGUGUGUUUCGUGCAAGUGGGAGUGUGAUUGUGGAAGAUGGAACUGCAGAGGCUCGUGUUUCCUGCAGAGACGAACAGGUGGCAGAGUUGCUGGCAGUUAGUAGUGAGGAAUGGGAAGAGCUGCAGCGACAUGUCAACUCAAGGGGCAAAGUGAACUAUCAGCACCAUGGCAGAACUGGUAAUGAACUGCCUGAAUAUGGUACUGGAGACAUUCUAAUGCAAUACCUUGCAACGCUAUGUCACAGCACUGCAGUCUGCAGAUCAAUUCAACUCGCCUUCAAACUUGAUUUGAGAAACAACCUCAAAGCAGAACAGAAAGAAGAAACAUUUCAACUGAAGAGAUUCACAUGUGGAGAACACCAGUAUAUCACCAAGAUGGCACCCCCCUUGUCUUUGAUUUGUUUGGACGUAAAGGAAAUGGACUGUCAAAAGUUUUGUGACCUAGCCAGCGAUAAACUGAUGUCAAUAUGACUAUGUUUUUGGAGUCUAUUAACUUAGCACCGACCAACAAAAUAAUCUCUAUGCAAAGCAGACUUUAUUCAGUUAUCUUUACAGAGAUAUUGCAAUAUGUAAUAUUGAAGUUGAUUCAAUUAUUUUGAUCAAUGUGAAGCUGAAGAGAAAUAUAGUCCAAAAUGUGAAAGGAUUUAAUUUGUUAAUGCUAAGUAGCAUCUGUGUACCGUUUUGCACUGUAAAAGUUCUGUUUUCUUUUGAAGUUGUUUCAUUUGAACUUCAGUUUUUCUUUUGUGAAAUGAUUCAAUAAGAAAAUAAACUUUAUUUUGCCUGUGUAAUUGGUUAUGUUUUUUCCUGUUACUUUGAGUACAAAAAAUGUUUUGGUCAGUUAGAUGUACAGUAUUUAUGCAACUUGGCAUCCCAAAGUACUAGUGAAGAGGGAGGGAGUAUGAAUUCUUAUGAAUACGAAUUAAAAAUUGCCUUUUUUGCCAGUAAUGUCAGAUGAUUUUGACAGUACCAACUGGAUCUGUGGGGCCAGGUACUGAGUACCAAUUAUAAAUAUUAUUGCAAUAACAUUAUCUUGUAAUAAUGUAAUAGCUGUGUCUAUUUCUUUGGGAUUUUUGUGUAUCGAAUAAUCAUAAACUAAAGGCUAGAUUUAUUUUUAAUGUGGAUUUGUUUUGAUUUGUUGCCUACUUUUUUUUGUUGCUUCUACCUGGAAUUGAAGUUGAGUACUUGGGGGACCUGCGGGUUCACAUACCAUAGGGUAAAAGUUUCCCUGCAGUAAUUUGUAGUGUGGCAAUUGCAUGCAUCUUAAUUGGAGAAAAUUGCAAAUGUUUAUUCUACAUAAGGUACUGUAACCAUAAUUAAGAAACCCUUUUGUUUGGUUACUCUUAGGCAAUCCAUAUUGAGACAAUAUCCGUGCGAUAUAUAUAAAAACGCCUCUUAUAUAAAAAAUGCUGAUUGCUGAGAGCCUUGUAUCAGAGUAUACGACAAAAUAUAAUGUGGACUAGGGAAAAAAUGGCAGUCUUUACUUGUUCACAAUGUUAUCAUUUAUAGUCGUAAACGUAGAGUUUAAGAUAACAAUGUUGUCAAUGUUGUUUAAGAUAACAAGCUGGAAAUUCUAGCUAUUCAUUACAAAGGAGCAACAUUCAGAGGAUACAAUAUAAAUAUCUAUAUUGUAGCUUCAUGAUACCCUGAUAUGUACUUACUCAACUUGUUGUAUUUGUAACAACUUACUCAAAAUGACAGAACACAAUUAACAUAAUACUGUGCUACACAAAUUUAAACCAUUUUAAGAAACUGCGAGAUGGUAUUAGAUAAAUUAUGAAGUAAGAUUUUGUUUUGAAUAUGAAAAAUGUAUGGUUUAGUAAUUUGUAUAAUGAGUGUAUGGACCCAGAUUUAUCAGAACUGAUGCUUAUUUCCAAGAUGAAGGAAACAUUUAUUUUUGCACCUUCUUGUAAAUAAAGGUGUUGUACAAUAAAAUAGGGUCUACCCUCUUACCAUCUAAAGAACCUUCCAACAUUCACUUUAUUCUCUGAUUAUUUGUUUAGAAAUAACAUAGGAAUGGAGACUGGUAACGUUUUGAUAGUUAAAUGCUACUCUGCUCUCAACUGAUGGGAAGAAAGUUGUUUAAUGGCAGCGGAUUGAGUAAUUUGGUUCAGAAUUGUAAAAUGAGGUCUAUGGUGCAUUAACCAUCAGAUUUUGGCCAUUAACUACAAAGGUGUAAGGCAUCUGUGCUUGGUUUUAUCAGUUGGUUGGGUGCAUUUGUGCUUCCAGAUCAUCAAUCAAAAAGGCAGAAUGCUUGUUCUCGAGCUUAAAUGAAACAUUGUGCAUAUAAGAAGAAAAUUAAAAUGUAUGUAGUCAAUGUAUUUAUUUUCUCAAAGUGGUUUGUUUAUGUUCACCUCUUCCAACAUCGAAUGUUUUUUAAUAACUUUCAGUGUACACAAUAAAAUCCAUUUGGUGGAAAACCAA